AUGCCGUCCCUGGCCAAUCUCAAUCUCAAUCUGAGCCUGAGGACGCUAGACAUUCUGCUUGCUCCAAACACACGCAGCCCUCCCGCAGAAUCCUUUAUAUAUUGUCAUCUAUUGCACACCUGUAUUGCUAAGAAUUCACUUUCAGAGGCUAAGGAGAUCCACUCUAACAUCAAUGAUAACGAUAGGGGAUUUACAUUUGCCACACAUACGUUCCUGCAAAAUACUCUUCUCAAUAUGUACGACAAGUGCGGAAGUUUGCUGGAUGCUCGGAGCAUUUUCAACCAAAUGACUGAAACAGACGUAUGCUCGUGGAAUUUGAUAAUUGCAGCUUACCGAAGGCACAAAUUUCCGCAACAGGCAUUCACACCGUUUUACCAAAUGCAACGUUCAUGGAAAAACCGUAAGAUGUGGGUUUCAGUCAGAAAUUAUUGUGAUGAUUCUCUGAUAGACAUGCAUGCAAAAUGUGGAAACAUGCAGAAAGCACGGGAAUCGUUUGACAAAAUGUCUCAGAGAAACGUGGUUUCAUGGAAUACAAUGAUUGCAGGAUAUUCCCAAAAUGAUAUUUUGGACGAAGCUUUAAGGCUUCUCAAAGAAAUUCCCCAACAAAAUGUUAUCUCAUGA